AUGUUGACGUUGAUAAAGGGCAGCGGGUCCACCAGGAGAAGCCUCUUAGACAAAUAUGUUCUUUUUAACUCUCCUUCCUUUAUAUAUUUUCAGGUGACCCAUAUCAAGGCACCUAAGACAGCAGAGGAUGAGUUUAUUGAGAUUCAGAGCGCAACAGGAACAGCUUUACAGCGAUGGGCUGUACGCUCACUCACACUCUGUAAACUGGUGUUGAAGAACGUAGCAUCACUCCUGUCUGCAGAGCUGAGGUUUGCUACUCUCUUCAUGGCCAUCAUCUGGUUCUGUAUGGCUUUCAGUUACUAUGGCCUGUCUGUUUGGUUCCCUGACAUGAUCAAACACCUUCAGUAUGAGGAGUACGAGUCCAAGGUCAAGGUAAGGUCAACAACAGUUCAUGGAACUCAUGACAACACAGAUGAUUUUGUCCUGCUUUUGUGA